AUGGGAUGUGCAAUUUCAUGUUCAUAUUUUGAGAUGUUUAGCACAUUUUUGCAUUGGCUUAUAUGCCAAAGGUCGGGGAAUGCGGCCAUAGCCCACUACCUAGAUGAUUUUUUAAUCAUAGGGCCCAAACAAACAGGGAAGUGCCAGGAAACCUUGAUAAUAUUUUUACAGAUGCUAAAAGAGUUAGGUGUCCCAGUCGCGGAGGAAAAGACAGUGCAGCCAACUACAAAGUUGACCUUUUUGGGAAUUGAGAUAGAUACAAAAGCCAGGAGGUGCAGGUUGCCAAGGGAUAAAGUAGAAAAAAGCAAGCAGGCAAUACAUAAUUUAAUGGGGACUAAAAAAGUAACGUUGAGAGAAAUGCAACAGACUUUGGGGCUGCUGAACUUUGCAUGUAGAAUAAUUCCAAUGGGUCGGAUAUUUAAGAGAAGGUUGGAAAAGGCUACGACAGGGGUUAAAAAACCAUUUCACAAAAUAAGGAUAACUAAGGAGUUGAGAGCAGAUUUGGGUGUUUGGGAUAGUUUUUUGACAGAAUUUAACGGAAUAAGGUUAUGGUUAUCUGAGACAAAGAAUAACAGAGAAUUGGAAUUGUUAACAGAUGCGUCGGGUAGCAUUGGUUAUGGAGCUUACUUUGCAGGAAAGUGGUGUGCUGGCAGGUGGCCGCAAGCAUGGCGUGAGUUGGGUUUAACUAAGAAUUUGACUUUGCUAGAGUUAUUCCCCAUAGUAGUAGCACUGGAGCUAUGGGCAGGGGUGUGUGCAGUUAAUAAUUUAUCAUCGGAUUCAGCCCCAGUAAUCAAUCUAUUGAGACAGUUAGUUUUAAUUUGCAUGAGAUUUAACAUCUCAUUUAGAGCGCAGCACAUCCCAGGUGUAGAAAACACAUUGGCAGACGCAUUGUCAAGGGAAAAAUGGGAUCUUUUCUUUAAAUUGGCACCCAACGCAGCAAAAACACCUCAUAAUUGCCCUGAUAAUUUAUGGCAGUUGGUGAACCUCUCUUAGAAGAGCUGUACAGGAAAUCUGUAUCCGAGAGAACUCUUGCCGCAUACAAAAAGGCAUGGAAAAGAUGGCAACUAUUCUGCGAAAGCGGUAAGAGGGAGGGCAGCACUAAGGAUUUGUUGUCAUUUCUGGCGUUAAUGUAUAGGGAGGGAAAAUCAAAAGCAGGCGAUUUCCCAUUUUUCAGUGGCAGAAGGUAGACCUGAGAUAGUACGCAGCCCAGUAAUUAGGAAAGUUAUAAAAGGAUGGGCAAGAGCGGAGGGCCCUAGAGUAGAUGAGAGAGAACCAAUAGUGGAAAGCAGGCUGACUCUGGUCAUAAGGGCAUUAAAAAAGGUCUGUUUUGAUCAAUUUGAAUAUAUGCUGUUCAGGGCGGCAUUCACAUUAGCAUUUGGGGGGGCGUUGCGGUUAAGUGAAUUGGUCCCCCCAUCAAAAAAGGCAGCAGGGAAAGGUUUAAUGGACAAGCACGUAGUUAUACAAGAGGGGAAAGCAUUGGUCUAUGUUAGUAGAGCUAAGACUGAUCAGGAAGGGAAAGGGAGGUGGAUAGGUAUAGAGGCCACAGGUAAAAUAACAUGUACGGUCAAGGCACUGGUGAAUUAUAGGACAGUCUGGCCCGGGGGUGGGCAGCUGCUACUACUGCACAAAGACUCAUCCCCCCUUUCUGCUUUCCAGUUUAGCCAGGUGCUGAAGAAGGCAGUAAAAGUCAAUGGUUGGGACCCAAAGAAAUUUAGUUCACAUUCUUUCAGAAUAGGUGCAGCAACGGAGGCAGCAAUGAGGGGGGAGUGUAUAGAGAAGAUAAAAAAGAUGGGGAGAUGGAAAUCAGAGGCAUAUAGGAAGUAUAUACGGCCCGUGGAAAAAAUGAGAAAAGGAAGCUAACCCUGCAUAUGUAUUUACUUCGCAGCAAGGUGUGGAUCUGCUGUCAACAUAUUGGUCAUAGGGCACUCAUUUAUUUUUUGGGCCAAAAAGCAUGCAGCAGGGCAACAGCUGGGGUUACCAAAGGAACACAUGAAGUUGGCAUGGCAGGGUUGGAGAGGUAUGAGAUGGGAGCAACUAAAAGGUAGGUUCUAUAACGCGCUCCAUCGAGUUAAUUUCGUGCAUUUAGUUAUAAUUCAUACAGGGGGAAACGAUCUCACGUCAAAAAAGACUCCAGCACUCAUAGAGAACAUGAGGGCCGACUUGGCGGAGAUGCUGGAAAACAGGAAGGUCGGGGGGUUAGCUUGGUCAGACAUUAUACAGAGGAGCAAUUGGAGGGGGGCAAUUUCACCCAAAGGCGUGGAGAAAGCUAGAAAGAAAGUGAACCGGGCCAUGCAUAAAUUCAUGUGUUCCUUUGGGAAAGGUAUCAUAAGGCACGACAACAUAAGAAGUAAGCAACACCAGUUUUUUAGGGAAGAUGGAGUUCAUCUGUCAAGGGAGGGUUUGGAUCUGUUUUUAGGGAACAUCGGGUCAUUUAUUCAGGAGUGGUGGAAGUCACAGGAGGUAUAGGUGGGCCAUGGAAAAGGACAAAUGGUACCCCUCCCCCCUUUUCCAUUGGGUGGCGGCAGUGCGGCUCCAGGAGAAAAGACGGUUACAGUGCAGGCCUACCCUUUGGAGAGUCACUAGUGUGGAGCAGACUUUGACUGCACGGUCUUGUCUGAGUCAUGCAAGGGGCUGGGGUUAGCGCCAGUUAUGCACACGGUUGGGAGCAGGAGGAUGGGCGACUGAUUGGUCACAGAGGGCGCUUGGCCCCAUGAUCCCUGCUCCCUGUGGUUGUCUAUUACGGUGUGGGCACAAUGCCCAGGUUGGUGAUAGGAGCCGCAGCUGGGGGUCAGGGGGUACCUAGUCCUUUUAGCAAAAAGUAAUAAAUAAAGAAAGUGACUUCCACACAUAUUUUGCACCAA